AUGCAACAGUGUGUAGAACAAGACCCGUCGGCGUACUGGAAAGGGCUGUGGCACGGCCUGCUACUGCUGUUGCCCGUGCUUUGUUUCCUGUAUCGAAAAUGGUCGAUCGCCGCGCAACGGUCCGAGGUGCAGCAGCCAGUUCUCGGGCAAUUUAUGAACGAACUAUUUGCCUUUGAGGUCGUUCUCGUGGCGGGCGCCGAGCUGAAGGCCGUGCGUGACCAGCUCCAAAGUGCCAAAGAGGCUGCAAUCGUGAAUGCCGACAAGGUGCAUGCGCUGCAGGAGCGCAUCGUGGACAUUGCUGCAGUGCUGCAGCAGAAGCUGGCGACCAUCACACCGAUCGUGUCGUUCCUUUUGGAGCAAAGUGUGGGCGUGAUGAAAGGUCAGCAAGCGGACGGCCCGACGGCGGAGGACACUGAGCCCAAUAAGGACAAGUGA